CUUGACUUUGUAGAAAAACAGGAACUGGCGACAAUUGUGUUUCGAACAUCGACAAAUCAAACGAAAUUUUUAGCAGUAGAUAACUUCUCUCGAUCCACAUUCAAUUUGAGAUUUUGGCAGAGGAACGCAAGAGGUGGAAAGAUGAUCCAGCAGAGGGAGCAGAUCUUCUCCUGCGGCUUCGAGGUUUUCGGAAGAGUGCAGGGCGUCUGUCUGCGCAAACAGACCAGGGACUUGGCCACGCUGAACCAGGUGCGCGGAUGGGUGAUGAACACCGACGAUGGGACGGUCAAGGGUCAGCUGGAGGGCACUCUGCCCAAGGUCAACGAGCUGAAGUUCUGGCUCUUGAAUUUCGGCAGCCCGCGGGCGAUUAUCGACCGGGCGGAGUUCACGCCCACCAAGGAGAUCGCCUCGCACAACUUCAGUGGCUUCUCGAUUCGCUACCACCACGUUCCCGCCCCGAAAAAGACGGUCCAAACUGGGACAUGUGUCUAGUGCAAAAUUGUAACCGUGCUGUUUGCUGUAACUGUUUGUUUGGACCUUUAAAUUGAGCUGCGAAUACAAGUAGAGUCGGCGACUGGCUUCUGCGAACAUCAUUUAUAAACCUCAAAAGUGAAAAACAGGCUGCCAGCCACUAAUUAAGCCGCACAAAGAAAUGCUCAACGCAAUUACAUAGGGGCUGGCACAUCCACUAUGUAUUUAUAUCUAUAUAUAUACAUCUGUAUCUACGAAACUAUAUAUAUAUAUAAGAGUA